AUGCCUUUUAGUUCUCAAACAUAAUCAUUAAGUAGUAGUCAAGAAUAGCUCUUUAAAGAAAGUUUCCUAGAUGCGUUUGAAACCCUCCCGUUACUUAGGUUCUAUGGAAAAAGUGUAGUCCUAUCCCAGGAGUAUAUGGCGCAAGAGAAUAAAAAAAGACUAAGACAAUAUCUCUAAAGUCUUAAGUCAAAUUCUUAAUUAUUACUCUUCCUCUUUGCUUAAAUUCCUAACUCAGUGCAAGAAAGAAAAGUCAAUCCUAUUCUAAGAUCCUAGUCAAAAGAGAUAGAAUGA